CCAGUACCCGCCGCGCCGCGGGCUGGUGGGCUCCCCGGCGGCUCUCUUGCUGGGAAAUGACCCUGCCCGGGGGCCCGACGGGCAUGGCGCGACCGGGAGGCGCGGGGCCCUGCAGCCCCGGGCUGGAGCGGGCCCCGCGCCGGAGUGUCGGGGAGCUGCGCCUGCUUUUCGAGGCGCGCUGCGCCGCGGUCGCUGCCGCCGCCGCCGCAGGGGAGCCCCGGUACCGCGGGGCCAAGCGGCGGGGGGGACAGAUCCCCAACGGGCUUCCGCGGGCUGCCCCUGCCCCGGUGAUCCCGCAGCUGACUGUGACGGCCGAGGAGCCGGACGUGACCCCGGCCAGCCCCGGGCCGCCCAAGCCGGAGGGUGGCUGGCUCCCGGCCGUGGGCUCGUCGCACCUGCAGCAGCCGCGCCGCCUCUCCACCUCGUCGCUCUCCUCCACUGGCUCCUCGUCGCUGCCCGAGGACUCGGAGGACGAUCUUCUGAGCGACAGCGAGAGCCGGAGCCGCGGCAACGUGCAGCUGGAAACGAGCGAGGACGUGGGUCAGAAAAGCCACUGGCAGAAGAUCCGGACCAUGGUGAAUCUGCCCGUCAUGAGCCCUUUCAAGAAGCGCUACUCCUGGGUGCAGCUGGCAGGGCACACGGGGAGUUUCAAGGCGGGCAGCAGCGGGAUGAUUCUGAAGCGUAGCUCAGAGCCCGAGCGCUACUGCCUGGCACGGCUCAUGGCGGACGCGCUGCGCGGCUGCGUGCCCGCCUUCCACGGUGUGGUGGAGCGCGACGGCGAGAGCUACCUGCAGUUGCAGGACCUGCUCGACGGCUUCGAUGGGCCCUGCGUACUUGACUGCAAGAUGGGCGUCAGGACUUACCUGGAAGAGGAGCUGACCAAAGCCCGCGAGCGGCCCAAGCUGCGGAAGGACAUGUACAAGAAGAUGCUGGCCAUAGACCCUGCGGCACCCACCGAGGAGGAGCACGCGCAGCGCGCGGUCACUAAGCCGCGCUACAUGCAGUGGCGAGAAGGUAUCAGCUCCAGUACCACGCUCGGCUUCCGCAUCGAGGGCAUUAAGAAAGCCGACGGCUCCUGCAGCACAGACUUCAAGACCACGCGAAGCCGGGAGCAGGUGAUUCGCGUCUUCGAGGAGUUUGUGCAAGGGGAUGCCGAAGUGCUGAGGAGGUAUCUGAACCGCCUGCAGCAGAUCCGGGACACACUGGAGGUCUCUGAGUUCUUUAGGAAGCACGAGGUGAUCGGCAGCUCGCUCCUCUUCGUGCAUGAUCACUGCCACCGCGCCGGCGUAUGGCUCAUCGACUUCGGCAAGACCACGCCCCUUCCCGACGGCCAGACCCUGGACCACCGGCGGCCCUGGGAGGAGGGCAACCGAGAGGACGGCUACUUGCUGGGGCUGGACAAUCUCAUUGGCAUCCUGGCCAGCCUAGCUGAGAGAUGAGGCUGGGCCCCUGUCCCCACGGACCGGAGGGUCUGACAGAAGGACAUGCGCCUGCAUCCCCGCCAUGCAUGCAGGCGAGAGACUGAAACCCCGCGGUGCGGGGCGGUUCAUACGGUCCUAUAGGGCCAGGUGCCGACCACUACAGGACACACUGCACGCGCAGGGCCUGGCCCCCAUAAAAGCCCCAGUGUUCCCAGAGCUGAUGACACUAAUUUACCGGGCAAGGGAGGAGUAGAAGUGGGAUGAGUGGCUUCUUCUUCAGCCCAGCUCUUCUGAGGGGGCUCCAUACCUCUCCAGAGAAGCCAGAUAAUGAACUUUAUUUCACAGGUACUAGAUCUAUUGGUCUGGCCUCCCACACUACAAUGGACUCCCCUUCCCAAUAAAACUCAAAGACACCAGC